AUGUUGAGAAGUUGGAAACAAUAUAACUUCGAUGUAAGUGAAGGUGGUAUUACUAGAAGUGGUAUAAAAGGGGCUUGUGUUAGGCCUGAUGUAAAAAGUUUUAGAGUAUUAGACCAAGUAGGAGUAGGCAUAAUGCAUGAUCUAUUAGAAGGGUAUGGAUUUAUUUGUUUUUCUUCUGGUUCUAACGACAUACCGAAACCACAGUGCGUAUUGUGUUCUGUGAUUUUAUCUAAUGAAGCAAUGAAACCUGCUAAACUUAUUCGUCACUUGGAAUCAAAGCAUAAAGAAUUUAAUAACAAACCUACAAACUUUUUUAUUCGAAAAGUUAAAGCAUCUUAUCUGGUAGCAUUUCGUAUAGCCAAAUGCAAAAAACCGUAUAAUAUUGGGGAAACUUUAAUUAAACCUUGUUUACUUGAUGUUACUAGUAAACUUUUAGGGCCUUCCGCUGCUAAAAAAAUGAAUGAUUUACCUUUAUCUAAUGACACGAUUUCUAGAAGAAUAAAUGAUAUUUCUGUGGAUAUCGAAGAACAAGUUAUAGAUAAAAUUAAAUUAUCGAAAUGGUUUUCAAUACAACUUGACGAAUCAACUGAUGUAUCUCAAAUGGCAAUUUGGCUAUGUUACGUGCGUUUUAUUGAUUUUCAAACAUCAGAAUUGUGUGAAGAUUUAUUGUGUUGUUGUGAAUUACCUUCACAUACUACAGGGAGUGAAGUAUUUAAACGAUUAAAUGAAUAUAUAAAAAAAAUCCAACUAAACUGGGAAAAUUGUGUGUCUGUGUGCACGGAUGGUGCCGCAAGUAUGACCGGAAAAUAUUCUGGUGUAGUUUCCAGAAUUAAAAAUGUAGCAAACUUACAUUUUGUUCAUAUACAUUGCAUUAUACAUAGACAACAUUUAGUUGCGAAAAAAAUGUCACCAGAUUUGAAUGAAGUAUUGACUGAGGCAGUAAAAAUAAUUAAUUUUAUUAAAUGUAAUGCCUUAAAUUCUAGAUUAUUUUUAAUUUUAUGUGAGGAAAUGGGAUCUGAACAUUCUCAUUUAUUGAUGCACGUAGAGGUUCGGUGGUUAUCCCGUGAAACUAAUGAGUUAGACAUCGAUAGUAAUAUCAAAAUAACUAUCGAAAAUCAUUUGCAAUCAUUGUAUGAUACGUUUGAAGAUUAUUAUCCAGUGAAUCAAGAUCCACGAGACGGAUAUUUAUGGGUACAAAAUCCAUUUUUAACAAACUCUCAACAUAAAUUGUGUUUAAAAGAACAAGAACUUUUGUUAGAGAUAUCAUCAGAUAUUGGUCUACAAUCUAAAUUUAAAACAAUGUCUGUUACCAAAUUUUGGAUUGAACUCAAGGACGAGUAUUACGUGCUUUUUGAAAAAGCAAUGAAAAUUCUUCUUCCAUUUUCUUCGACAUAUCUGUGUGAAGCUGGAUUUUCCGGAAUGACCCACAUAAAAACCAAAACUAGAAAUAGGCUCGAUGCCACACAUAGUUUACGUGUGGCUUUGACAACUACAGUGGAACCAAGAUUCGAUAAAAUUGUCAAAACAAAACAAGCACAACGCUCUGAUUAA